AGAUGUUUCAAGCAACCAACUGUCUGGCAGCAUUCCUGCUACCAUCAGCACACUCACCCAAGUUUCUCGCCUGUCCCUCGAGAGUAAUCAGCUCACGGGUUCAAUUCCUGUGGAGAUUGGCUCUCUACUAUCUCUGGCAUCCCUCUCUCUCAACUCCAACUUGCUCUCAGGAUCUUUGCCCUCUGCAAUCACAAAGCUCACUGCUCUUACAUUCCUCUCCCUCGCUAACAACCGGCUCACCAGCUCCAUCCCCGCUGGCAUUGGCUUGCUGACAAAGCUGGUAGCCAUGUCGCUGGUCUCCAACCAGCUCAACGGCUCCAUUCCGGCAGACAUUGGCGCCCUCACCAAGUUGACAAUUAUAGCCGUUUCAAGCAACCAGUUGUCUGGCAGCAUUCCUGCUGCCAUCAGCACACUCGCCCAACUUCUUUGCCUAGAUGUUUCAAGCAACCAACUGUCUGGCAGCAUUCCUGCUACCAUCAGCACACUCACCCAAGUUUCUCUCCUGUCCCUCGGGAGUAAUCAGCUCACGGGUUCAAUUCCUGUGGAGAUUGGCUCUCUACUAUCUCUGGCAUCCCUCUCUCUCAACUCCAACUUGCUCUCAGGAUCUUUGCCCUCUGCAAUCACAAAGCUCACUGCUCUUACUUUCCUUUCCCUCGCCAACAACCGGCUCACCAGCUCCAUCCCCGCUGGCAUUGGCUUGCUGACAAAGCUGGUAGCCAUGUCCCUCGAGAGUAAUCAGCUCACGGGUUCAAUUCCUGUGGAGAUUGGCUCUCUACUAUCUCUGACAUCCCUGUCACUUGCCUCCAACCAGCUCAAUGGCUCCAUCCCGGAUAACACUGGCGUCCUCACCAAGUUGAGAAGCAUAGAUGUUUCAAGCAACCAACUGUCUGGCAGCAUUCCUGCUACCAUCAGCACACUCACCCAAGUUUCUCUCCUGUCCCUCGGGAGUAAUCAGCUCACGGGUUCAAUUCCUGUGGAGAUUGGCUCUCUACUAUCUCUGGCAUCCCU